CCGACGUGAGAUCUCCCCCCAGACCUCGAACUCUCGACCGCAGAGGGGGUUGAACAAACGAACGAACGAACAAACAGAUAUUCGCGAAAUUCAAAGGACACGCUCGAAACGGCAUACGUCGAUCGCGAGAACACACCGACGAAACCACACACUCUCUCUCUCUCUCUCAAAACAAAGCAAAGGGACAAGACACCCACCCACCAACCAACCAACCAACUCCCACAUUUCCUUCCUCCCCCCACCCACAUACACAAAUAUAAAAAUGACCGCCCUCUUCAACUUCCAAUCCCUCCUCUCCGUCCUCCUCCUAACAAUCUGCACCUCAACAUACAUGCACGCGCAAUUCCCCUCGCUCAUGGACCGCAAUAAAGAGAAUUACUUUGUUGGGCCGUUUUGGAAAUGUGCGAGGGUUGGGGAGAGGUUGAGUCCGUGGGUUGCGGGGGCUUGUUUUGUUAUGGCUGGGGUGGAGUUUGUGGGAUAAUGUGUAU